AUGCGUUUAUCCAUUGAAAAUGCACUUCACCGAAAAGCUUUUUUAAUUUCAAAACUCGACGACCAAGAACAACAAAAGGAAAUUCAAAAAUUAUUAAUUUUAACUUUCGAGAUGGCUAAGGAAGAUUUUUGUGCGAAAGCCACGACUGUUGCCAUAAUACAAGACGUUUUUGAUACGAUAUCUAUUAAGAAAUGUGAAAAACUUUUUUUUAUAAUCGAAGAUAAUCUUUCGCAGUGGAAAACGGCCUUAUUUUAUGAGCCAUGUAAGAAUAUGAUUUUACGUAUGUGUAAUGAUCUUUUGAAACGUCUUUCACGUACGAUUGAUACAAGUUUUUGUGGAAGAAUUCUGGUAUUAUUAGCUCGAGCAUUACCUCUUUGUGAAAAGUCUGGUCUCAAUCUUGUCAGUCAUUUUAAUUCUGAUAAUAUUACGAAAUAUGAUUCAAUCGAAUCACCAUCUGUUGAUGCAAAUAUUACUGAUGUCGAUAUGGAAACAGGAGAGAUCCAAGAAAACAGGUAUCCGUAUUUUAUUUCUCUAAGGGAUUUGGAGAACUUUGCAUUUUAUAAAAGAUUUUGGCAGUUGCAAACAUUUUUUUCAACUCCACUAUUAUUAUUUUGCUUUUUUAUUGCUUUUAUCAUUAUAAUUUUAUUUCAGAACACAACAGAAGUUUUCAAUGUUCUUUCUAGUUAUAAACUUGACGAUAUAUCAGAAGGAAAAAAUUCUUCAAUAUCUCCAAAUAAUGAGAAGAAAAUCAAUGAUGCGAUGGAUACAGGAAUACCUUUCCACAGCACUUCGUCUAAAGUAGAAAAUGAAAACUUUUUUGCGAAAUAUCUUACUAGUCAAAAGCUUCUUCAACUACAGUUGAAUGAUUCGCGAUUUCGUCGGUAUUUUCUUGUUCAAUGUUUAAUUUUAUAUCAGUAUCUUGUGUCUGAUAUAAAAUUUAAAGACAAGUCUUAUACAUUGAAUGAUGAACAAUUGCGGUAUAUAAUUGAAUCAACUGAUAAAUGUUACAAACUUUUGCGCGAAAUUCAUCCGAAUGGCAUACUUUUCGCGAAUUCUGUCAAAGCAAUCUUACAACGCGAAAAAGAAUGGUCUGAUUGGAAAAACAAAGGAUGUCCUGAUUAUACCGUUUCUGCAGAUAAAGAUAAAAUGAGUCCAUAUAAAAAAAAACCGAGAAAUAAAUAUGAUCCAUCCAAAAUUGAUCUUGGAAACCCAGAACUUACCAAAUUAUGGAAUAUUAACCCAAAUAUGUUGGAAGCAUGCCAUGACCGAAAAAGAAAGUUUGUGCCUUGUGUAGCGGAUUUUAUUGCCGAUCCAUUGGACGAGCUUGAUCCGGAGCAACAAGUUGAGGAUCAGUACAAAGCAGUUAAUAAUGAAUUGUUUCAGUGGCGUUGCUCGAGAUUGUUGCUGCAAGAAAGUCCCCUUUAUUUUCAGAUUCCUCUUAAGAAGAAUGAAGUUACGACGAAUAUGGCGCCAUUUUUGGAAGAACUUAUUAAAAAGACUUCAUCAAAUUUUCAGCGAAAUAAUAUUGCAAAUGAUGGCGUUCAUUCAAAUCUCGCAAAAAAAAAGUACCACGGUUCCGAGACAGCUCAGAAUGGAAUUUGUACUUCUGAAUCAUCGCCUUUGAUUUCUGAGCAGCAUAUACAAGAAUUAGCGCCCUUGCUUGUCAAAGACUGGCGCUAUCUUGCGAAAGUCUUGGGGUUCAAAAAUGAUGUUAUUGAUUCAUAUGCAGCAUUAGAGCCAAGUAACGUUAUCAAAACGAUUUUGAAAAGUUGGUGUAAGAGCGAAGGACAGCUGGGAACUGUCAAGAAGCUUAGCAGCUUAUUAUUAACGGCUGAUCUUUUUAGCGAAAAAGUUGGCAGCAUCUUUAAAGCCGUAAAAUUUAAUUUGGUUUUUUAUUUCUAA